CUCUUCUUCUUCUUCCUAGCCCUCCGCAACUGUUUUCCUGAGUUCUGAGCAACAACUUGCUGCUUCUUCCCUGUUCCGCUACCUCCCCUUUCUCUUUUCAUUGAUCUUCUUCGAUUAGAGUCCAUACACCUUUUUUCAACUCGAUCAUCAGUAUAGCUAAUCCAUGUGCUCAAAGAUAAAAGCUUUGUUCUGAGCACCACCGCCGAGCUGACAUCCCUGAAGAGAUCGUUUCUCCGAUGGUGGAGACGCUAACGGCGCCGUGUACUUCGCGGUGGCGCCGCUGGAUCCCUUCCUUCUUAUCCACCCACAAGACCCUUCUCGCCCUUCUCUGGAUCGGCUUCUGCCUCACUGUGUUUUUAUGGAGGUGGGACUCAGCCGAUACAAUCUUGCUUUUCCGGCGGGCCUUCCCGGUGAGGCAACUGCCCAGGCUCCGUCCUGUGGCGUUCAAUUUGACGGACUUCGGAGGGAUCGGGGAUGGGGUCACGAUCAAUACGGCGGCGUUUGAAAGGGCUGUUCUGGCGAUCUCUAAGCUCGGUAAGAAGGGUGGAGGGCAGCUUAAUGUUCCUCCUGGGCUUUGGCUUUCAGCUCCGUUUAAUCUCACCAGUCAUAUGACCCUCUUCCUAGCUGAGGGCGCUGUUAUACUUGGCAUUGAUGAUGAGAAGUAUUGGCCUCUCUUGCCUCCUUUGCCUUCUUAUGGAUAUGGUAGAGAGCAUCGUGGGCCACGCUAUGGUAGUUUAAUUCAUGGUCAAAAUCUCAAAGAUGUUGUUAUAACAGGUCACAAUGGCACCAUCAAUGGGCAGGGCCAAACAUGGUGGAAGAAGUAUAGGCAGAAGCUCCUUAACCACACCAGGGGACCCCUUGUACAGAUAAUGUGGUCUAGUGAUAUUCUGCUCUAUAACGUAACACUGCGCGAUUCUCCCUUUUGGACCUUCCAUCCAUAUGAUUGCAAGAAUGUUACCGUUAGAGACGUGACCAUUCUUGCACCUACUACAGAAGCUCCAAAUACUGAUGGCAUUGAUCCUGAUUCAUGUGAAGAUAUGCUGAUUGAGAACUGUUACAUAAGUGUUGGUGAUGAUGGCAUUGCAAUCAAGAGUGGUUGGGAUCAAUACGGGAUUGCCUAUGCACGACCUUCAAGAAACAUACUCAUACGAAAUGUGGUUGUUCGUUCCAUGGUCAGCGCUGGAGUAUCAAUAGGAAGCGAGAUGUCUGGUGGGGUGUCGAACAUUACAGUUGAGAACCUCCACGUGUGGAGCUCAAGACGCGCAGUCCGAAUCAAGACAGCCCCCGGCAGAGGAGGGUACGUCAAGGGCAUAACAUAUCAAAAUCUGACAUUUGAAGAUGUCCGCGUUGGGAUAGUCAUAAAGACAGAUUACAACGAGCACCCGGAUGAUAAAUUUGACCCUAAAGCCCUCCCUGUGCUACAGGACAUAAGCUACACGUCAGUCCACGGGGAGGGGGUGCGGGUCCCAGUCCGUCUCCAGGGGAGCGAAGAAAUCCCCAUUUGGAACGUCACCUUCCGGGACAUGUCUGUCGGGGUAGCGUACAAGAAGACGAAUCACGUUUUCCAAUGCAGUUUCGUUCAAGGACGUGUUAUAGGUACCGUUCACCCUCCACCUUGCGUGAACCUUGACUUGUAUGACGAGCAAGGACGAUUGAUCUGGGCAUCGGAUGCCCAAAAUGUUUCGGACAUUGAUUAUAGCAUCUGAGAAUCUGAGAUUUCACAAUCAAUUUCAUCAUAUAUAUAUAUAUAUCAAUGUAAACGUGCCCUUUCUCAUUCUUUGUAUGUACAGUUAAUGUAUCCAAAACACAAAUCAAUAGCUUCUACAACAAUAUCAAACCCAGUAAUAUCCCACAAACAAUAGGAUUUAGGGAAUGUGCCUAUACCUACAAAAUGUGUAGGCUUUACUUUUUCU